GACGCCUAACCCAAACAAAGGACUCCGAGACGCCAGACCACCGCGCUCCCUAUUCAGGACUGUAUUUGACUUUAGCAAAGACUGAAUUAUGUGUUCUGGAAAUUUCGCCAAAUGCCUGGGGAUAACCCUCCUCCCGCUGGCCAUCAUCUGUGUCAUCUGCAACAUUAUGCUGUUUUUCCCUGGUGGUAAAGUAGCCGAUGAGAGCAAUGACAUCACAGAAGAAGUCUUUUACUUUGGAGGAAUUCUGGGAUCUGGUGUGGUGAUGAUUUUCCCUGCGCUGGUUUUCCUGGGCUUGAAGAACAACGACUGCUGUGGCUGCUGUGGGAAUGAGAGCUGCGGAAAACGUUUCGCGAUGUUCAGCUCUAUUCUGUUCGCCGCGGUUGGAGCUGUGGGCGCCGGUUACUCUGUUAUUGUGUCUUGUCUGGCCAUUAAUCACGGGCCCAAGUGCUUCACUACCGUAGAACAAGUUAACGCCUCUUACCCAUUUGCCGACGGGAACUACCUGUCCAACAGAACGCUGUGGAGUGAAUGUACGGGUCCGGGCGAUAUCAUCACGUGGCAUCUGACCCUGUUCUGCAUCCUGCUGGCCACUGGUCUGGUUCAGAUCGGUCUGUGUGCUUUCCAGGUGAUCAACGGGCUCAUCGGCACUAUCUGUGGAGACUGCUGCGGCUGCUGCGGGAGCUCUUAAACCACUCGGAAUGGACUUGGAUCAAUGACUCUUCAGGACUGAUCAUACAUCCAUAUCUGUACUUCUCAACAGUUUCUCACCUCAUGAUUUGUAUUUAUACUGUUCAGAUGGAUGUUGUUUUCUUCCGUGUUUGCUCUAUCUGCCUGAUGGCUGAUGGCUUAUGAAGGCAGCAUACAGCAAUAUUGUUAUAUAUAGCCUAUAGAUGAUGUUUCAUAUAGAUUUAUAUGAUAUAGGAUAUUGAUAUAUAGUGUAUUGAUACAUAGUAAAAAGAAUAUUGAAUAUUUAUUCAAACUGUAGGAGAAUGUUAUUUUCACACAAGUAUUUAGUCUUUUUUUCAUGAUGGAUGAAGGGGACGUGCAAAUAUAUGGAAUAUUUGAUAAAAGAUAACGAUUUUUAAUAUUUUAUCUCAGGAAAUUGGUUGAAAUGUAUUGCUAUAUUAGUAAAAGA